AGCGUGUAUGUUUUUAUGUCUUAUUUUCAGACGGGAGAAGAGGUUAAGCUGGAGAAGGCCAAGAUAACUCUGAACGACUGUCUGGCAUGUAGCGGCUGCAUCACAUCGGCCGAGAGCGUUCUCAUCACACAGCAGAGUCAGGAGGAACUCUUCAGGGUGCUGCACGAGAACAAGAUGUUAAAACAGGAAGAACAGAAAGUGUUGGUCGUGAGCAUAUCGCCUCAAAGUCUUGCAUCACUUGCUGCCAAAUUCAAAAUGAAUAUUCAUGAAGCUGGUCUCAGGUUGGCAGGAUUCUUCAAGGGACUGGGGGUUAGCUAUGUCUUUGACACAACAUUUGCAAGAAACUUCAGUUUGUUGGAGAGUGGUAAAGAAUUUGUCCGACGUUACAAAGAGUCAGAGACCGAGAAGACUUCACUUCCUAUGUUGGCAUCAGCAUGUCCAGGGUGGAUCUGUUAUGCGGAGAAGACUCACGGCUCGUACAUCCUGCCGUACAUCAGCACGACGAAAUCUCCACAGCAAAUCAUGGGCUCCCUCGUCAAGGAUUACCUGGCAAGACGACUCAACAAGACUCCCGACCACCUAUACCAUGUGACGGUGAUGCCAUGUUUUGAUAAGAAACUCGAGGCAUCACGGUCAGAUUUCUACAGCGAUGUGUAUCAAACGAGAGAUGUGGAUUGCGUCAUUACAUCAGGUGAAGUGGAGAAAAUGCUGGAGAAAGAAGGCACCUCACUAAUAGAUGUAGAAGGACAGCCUUUUGACCACAUUAUAGAAAAUUCCUCCUAUGAUCUGGUGAAUCAUCAAGGAGGUGGAUCAGGCGGGUAUCUUGAGCAUGUGAUCAGACACGCAGCAAAGGAAAUGUAUGGACACAGCUUACAGCAUGUAGAGUAUAAAAUAUUAAGAAACCAAGAUUUUCAAGAAGUCACUCUUGAACUGGAAGGAAAACCAGCAAUAAAAAUGGCCUUGGCAUAUGGAUUUAGGAACAUUCAGAAUAUUGUGCAGAAAGUAAAGAGAGGAAGAAAAGUUCCGUAUCAUUUUGUUGAGAUUAUGGCCUGUCCAUCUGGCUGUAACAACGGAGGAGGGCAGAUACGCCCAGCAGGGGAAGAAACUCCAAAGGAAUUACUGGGAAGAGUUAGUGAACUUUAUUCCUCACUGAAAACAGUAGAACCAAAUGAUGUCACUGGAAUUGAGCAGCUGUACACAGAGUGGCUUGGUGGAUCAGACUCAAACAAAGCCAGAAAAAUGCUGCAUACAAAAUACCACGAAGUGGAAAAAAUGACAAAUGCACUGACAAUCAAAUGGUGAUGUGAAACCGAUAAAUUAUUUGAUAUAAAAUGUAAAAUUAAAA